UUUGGUGUGUGUUUCAGAAAAAAGAGGGGGAUGGAUGCUGUGGGUAGAGAAGGGGGAAAGAGAGAGUGGUGUUAUAUUUUUAGCUCCACAGCCCCACAUCCAUGUGGGUUUAAUCGAGUGUGUGAGAGUGUGUGUGUGUGUGUGUGUAUGUGUGUGUGUCUAUGUUCGUAUGCAUGUUUGGAUUACUGUCUCCGGCGUCUUGCUCAGGGGAAGGUAAUAUGCUUGUCCGAACGAGCUUUUUCUGUCACAUUGGCGUAGACGGUCUGAAACUGUGGAGCGAGCAGAGCUGGGGGAGAGAGUGAGGGGAAAAGCACGAGAGACAGACUGACGGACAGAGAGGGAAAGAGAGAGAGAGAGAGAGAGAGAGAGAGAGAGAGAGAGAGAGAGAGAGAGGGAGAGAGAGAGCAUCCAGGGGAGGGAGGAAAGACACUGUAGGAGAGAGGAUGGAAUGAAUAAGCAAUCUUGCUUCUCCACUCCUGCCUCUUGCAUCUCGCUCUGAUCACAUGCAUGCUCCCUUCUCCUCCUGUAUCUUUAUGUCGUUCUGAUCCGUCCUCGCUUAUUGUUUACAUAUUCCCUCCCCUGUCUGACUGUCCCUCCCUCCUCUCUACCUUCCAGUGUCCUUGCCUCGGGGUCCUCCCUGCUAACUCCUUCUCUCCCCCCCUCUGCUCCCCUUGUUCCUCCCAAUGAUACCCCGGCUCUCCUCCCUGCCUUUUCCCAAAUAUCCUCCCGUAUUGGCCGAUGACCCACUGAACCGACCAUCCCUUCCUAAUCACGGCUACUCCCAUGCAUGGCUGGAAACACAUGCAUACACACAUGCAUACGCGUGCAUUUAAAUACAGGCACCCGAACACAGACAAAGUUAGAGAGAAAACAUAAAACAAGAAGGAUAAUUUUUUUUCUUGCAAUGGGCAACUCUGUAAAGUCGCUUAAAAUUUUCACCAAAAAGGACCAGAAGAAGAACUACAAAGCAGUGCAGUCCUGUGAGGAGGGGGGAUCUGGGGGGGCCUAUCUUGAGCCACUAGUGGCCCUGGCCCAGAACGGAGCCAACAUGCACAACGUGUUGGGGCCUGCAUGCAUCUUUCUGCGCAAGGGCUUCGCUGAGAGCCGGCAGGCUGACCGAGAACUGAGGCCAGAAGAAAUGGAUGAGUUGCGUGAGGCUUUCAAAGAGUUUGACAAGGACAAAGACGGAUUCAUUGGCUGUAAAGACCUGGGAAACUGCAUGAGGACGAUGGGCUACAUGCCGACAGAGAUGGAGCUGAUCGAGCUGAGCCAGCAGAUCAACAUGAACUUGGGAGGACACGUCGACUUUGAGGACUUCGUUGAGCUCAUGGGGCCAAAACUCCUGGCAGAGACGGCAGACAUGAUUGGAGUGAAGGAGCUGAGGGACGCCUUCAAGGAGUUUGACACCAAUGGCGACGGCCAGAUCAGCACAGCGGAGCUUCGAGAGGCGAUGAAAAAACUGUUGGGACAACAGGUCGGCCACAGAGACCUGGAGGACAUCCUGCGGGACAUCGACCUCAACGGAGACGGACAUGUAGACUUUGAAGAAUUUGUGAGGAUGAUGUCUCGAUGAGACACCUGAAGCGACGAAGCACAACCUGGAUCCUUGGCUCAAUAAAAAAGGGAAAAGGAGCGAGUCUGGCUCACACACUCCUACAUAAAAAAAAAACAAAAAACUAAAGGAUCUUGAAUUUCUUGAACUGUCAAAGAGCAAGACAGCGAAAACAUAUCAACCCUGCCCUGAAACUGCCUUGCUGAAGCACAGAGGCUGACGAAGACAGCCAGAAGCAACACUGUUAAUAUGAAGCUGCUGCUGUUCCUUAGAGAAUAAACAAACCCAAUCACUAUAUCAGUGACUUUUGCAACGUAAAUUUAAAAGAAAAAAAAAGUAUUUCUAUUUCGGGAAAACAGGGUUUCCAGUGCUGAUGUGUUUGCUGACCCGACGGGUAAAAACUAAUGUGACGUUGGAGCCAUGUUGCUCAAACACCUGCAGCUAACCUUGCCGUUUGUACCUGUAGCAAUCGAGAUUCUGCUUCUUUUCAAGACAGCAGUAUGCCAGCAAAAGCACUCCAGCCAGUACAGCACAGCUAAGCACAAAUACAAAAAGGCAAUAUGAAAGGAUUCCACGUGGUCCUGUCAGAUCUGUGUUUGUGUUUCAUGCAUAUCUUUUUUUCUCUCUCUAUCCUUUUGCUGUAGCAGUGUUUCGUCACCGGACGCUACUGUCGAACCCCUGUUGAGAUGUGACGGCAUUUGGUAAUUAUGUGUAAUGUAGCAAUGAUGCGGUUCUUCUGACACUACUGACGUUAUGCCUAUCUUACUGUGAUAUACGUAUUUAUACAUAUAUGUAACUUUCAAGAGUGCAUCGAGGAUCACCGGUCCUUUUUUUUGGGUGAAAAAUAUACUCGCUCAUUUUCAGAGCCGUCAUAAAUGUUUGUUUUACAUCUAUGCUUUACUCAUUACUCUGCAUGAAUACGUAAAACUUGUUUUUCGGCUGAGAAAUAAUCUGCGCCUCACUGCAGCAGGUGAUCAGAGGCGCACUGUGGAAGAUGAAAAGAAAGUUUCUCUUCAUGCUUUAAGUCGUUCAUCCGGGAGCUUUGAUACAUGUGUUUGUUUACCGGGUUUUUAUGAGUCUGCAGAAAAACCUCUGAGGUGAAAACGUUUCUCUUCUGGUGCAGCAUUUACGUUUUUAACUGUAAUACCUCAAAUCCAAUUGAACAAUCAAACCUCAUCCAUGAAGUCAUCCCAGCAUUCUCUGAUCUCGAGCACCAACCGCAUUACCUUCACGAUCAAUACACGUAAGGAGGCCGUCUCAGCUUCUUUAUGCAAAAAGCCAAAGAGUUUACAAAAAUAUCACGAGUCUAAUUAAUUGUAGUGAGCUCAUGCUGUAUUUCAUGCAGUGGAUUAUAUUUUCAAAACGUCCUCUGGCGGUCUGGACAGAUGCAGGUUUGGAAGACUCUUCAUGAAUACAUAUGAGGGCACAUGCAUGCUAUCAAGUUCAGAUCUUUUCUAAAAGGGAAUCUUACUUACUGUGUGAUUUAACUCGUCUUAACUGUGUGUAACUAUGCAUGCUUCAGAGAACUGCAGUUUGUAGCAGAUUACAUGACAAUAAAGGUUUUUAUUUCAACC